UCGGCGCGGCGGCGGCGGGCGGAGGAGACGCGCGGCGGGCGGCCGGGGGAGCGCUGCCGCGGGCCGCCGCCCGCGGCCCCGCCAGCAUGUCCGCGAAGGAGCGGCCCAAGGGCAAAGUGACCAAGGACAGCGUCACCCUCCUGCCCUGCUUCUACUUCGUGGAGUUGCCCAUAUUGGCAUCUUCUGUUGUUAGCCUCUAUUUUCUUGAACUUACUGAUGUCUUCAAGCCAGUUCACUCUGGAUUUAAUUGCUAUGACAAGAGUUUGAGUAUGCCAUACAUUGAACCUACACAAGAGUCUGUCCCCUUCUUGAUGUUGCUUAGCCUGGUUUUUGCUGGACCAUCAAUUACGAUAAUGAUAGGAGAAGGAAUACUCUACUGUUGCCUGUCCAAAAGAAGAAAUGGGAUUGGAACAGAAGCCAAUAUUAAUGCAGGAGGAUGCAACUUCAAUUCUUUUCUUAGACGAGCUGUCAGAUUUGUUGGUGUUCAUGUGUUUGGUCUCUGUUCUACUGCUCUCGUUACUGAUAUUAUACAACUAUCAACAGGAUAUCAGGCACCGUAUUUCCUGACUGUUUGCAAGCCCAACUAUACAUCCCUAAACGUAUCCUGCUCAGAGAAUUCCUAUGUUGUGGAAGACAUUUGCUCAGGACCUGAUCUCAAUAUUAUCAAUGAUGGAAGAAAAUCAUUCCCUUCUCAACAUGCCACCCUGGCAGCCUUUGCAGCAGUGUACAUUUCGAUGUACUUCAAUUCUACAUUGACAGACUCCUCGAAACUUCUGAAACCACUCUUGGUCUUUGCUUUUAUCAUCUGUGGGAUUAUAUGUGGUCUGACUCGUAUCACCCAGUAUAAGAAUCAUCCAGUUGAUGUUUACUGUGGCUUUCUCAUAGGAGGAGGAAUUGCUCUCUAUUUGGGCCUGUAUGCUGUGGGGAACUUCUUACCAAGCGAUGAGAACGUGCUUCACCAAAAUUUUCACAGAGAACCCCUAAGGUCUUUGACAGACCUCAGUCAAGAUGCCAACAGAAUCCUGCCUGGUAAAAAUGGUGGCAGCAGUGAUGGCAUCAUCUCUCACCGCACAGGAAGCAUCCUGAAUAGAAACCACAGAGAUACAGGGUCUCUGACCAAUCUCAAGCGAGCAAAUGCUGAUGUAGAAAUAAUAACACCACGAAGCCCAAUGGGAAAGGAGAACAUGGUCACCUUCAGCAACACUUUGCCAAGAGUCAACACACCGUCCUUGGAAGAUCCAGCCAGACGCAAUGCUACCAUACAUGCCUCGAUGGAUUCUGCCCGUUCCAAACAGCUGCUUUCCCAGUGGAAGAACAAGAAUGAAAGUCGAAAGUUGUCACUGCAAGUGAUAGAAACUGAAUCUGGCCAGUCACCACCAAGGUCUAUCGAAAUGAGAUCAAGCUCAGAACCUUCCAGAGUGGGCGUAAAUGGCGACCAUCACGGCCCAACUAGCCAAUACCUGAAAAUUCAGCCUGGCAGUGUACCGGGCUGUAACAACUCGGGUCUUUCUGGUGGGCCAAGGGUCUCUAUUCAGUCACGUCCUGGCUCAUCCCAACUAGUACACAUUCCUGAAGAGACUCAGGAGAAUGUGAACACGUCGCCGAAAACUAGUUCAGCUAGAGCAAAAUGGCUGAAAGCUGCUGAGAAGAGCGUUGCGUGUAGAAGUAACAGUCAGCCAAGAAUCAUGCAAGUGAUAGCCAUGUCUAAGCAGCAAGGAGUGCUGCAGGGCAGUCCAAAGGGUUCAGAGGGAAGCACAGUUACCUGUACAGGAGCCAUCAGGUAUAAAACCUUGACAGACCACGAGCCAAGUAGCAUUGUCAGAGUUGAGGCCCAUCCAGAAAACAACAGACCUGUAAUUCAGAUGCCAUCAGAAGGUGAAGGAAGUGGGUCAUGGAAAUGGAAAGGUCCUGAAAAAGUCACCCUUCGUCAGACAUACGAGCUAAAUGAUCUUAACAGAGACUCUGAGAGCUGUGACUCCUUAAAAGACAGUUAUGGGUCGGGUGACAGGAAAAGAAGCAACAUAGAUAACAGUGAGCACCACCAUCAUGGAAUCACUACGAUAAGAGUAACACCAGUGGAGGGAAGCGAGAUUGGCUCAGAGACCCUGUCCAUUUCUUCUAGCCGGGACUCAACCCUUCGAAGAAAAGGUAAUAUCAUUUUAAUCCCUGAGAGAGGGAGCAGUCCAGAGAACACCAGAAACAUCUUCUAUAAAGGUACAUCCCCAACACGAGCGUACAAGGACUGAGAGGAGACGUAUCGGCUGGUCCGUACCACCACAAGUAACACGUCGGGACACAGGUUCUGCUCUCCUUGCUUUGAGCUGCUAUUGACCUUUGAUGUGCCAAACUACUGACCGGCAGCCCCAAACCACGUCGCUGGCUGCUGGCGUGCAGUGUGCGUGAGCCUGUGGAAAGCGUGCGGUGGGGGGAAAGCACAAUGCCAGAACCUAACUGAACGUGAAAUGUUUUCACGCCACCUGUUUCUUCAGACUCAAAAGGAAAAAAACAAACCAACCCCAAACCAACGUUUACCUGAGGGUGAUGAUGUCAAUCAAAAUGGUGGUCUGGAACACAGACACUGUAUUUCCUGAAUGUGCCAACUUUUUAUUUUAUUUAUACCGGUGUCCAAAACUGACGGAGUUUUUUCACGGCAAAGGCUGUGCCCGUGGUAAACGUUCACCUUUGCAGAAUUUGCACCAAGUCUUUACUACAGGAUGGUGCUGACGACAACUUUCCAUGUUUUUAAACCUUAUGUACUUGCUAGACUCUGCAGACACACCUGAUGACAUAUUGAUGUGCAGUUCCUUUAAAAGUAAUAUUGCUAAUAAUUACUCUGAUGAUGCUGGCUGCAUUCGUUUAGCAUAGGAAAUAUUUACAGCUUUGUUAUAGUGGAUCUGUCACAUUCAAAGAUUGCAAAGGUUUUGUGUAGUUCUUUAAGAUGUCUACUGCAACAAAAAAAAAAAUGUGUGGGUGACAUUCCAUUAGAAUGGAGUAACUCUAUAUUUUGAAUAGUUUUGCUGCUGCUGCUGCUCAACUUUUUGUUUAAGAUCAGGUGCUACUAAUGAAGAGGCUGCUUCUUAGUGGGCUAACUUGUCGAAUUGUUUUAAACUAAGUUUUUAAAGGGGUCUUUUAAAAUACUCUGAGUAAUUCAGCUUUUACAUUUUUAAACCUCUCAUUCUGCCCUUCAGCACGCCUUCCGUUUUUCCCCUAUAAGUUUUUAACCAUAUGACGCAGGGUUUUAACCAGUAACUGCAAGAUGUGCCAUGAGAGUAAGAAAAAACAGCCACAUCCUUGACCAGGUGCCAAAAAGUGAUUAAUAUAGAAUCAUAGAAUUGUCAGGGUUGGAAGGGACCUCAAGGAUCAUCUAGUUCC